AUGGUGGACAUCAAGGGGGCGCGCUGCGACGCCGACGGCUGCACCAAGGUCGCACGCUUCGGCGUUCGUGGGGGUCAGCCAACCGCCUGCGUGCUUCACCGCGAGCCCCACAUGUGUAAGAUUAGGAAGCGCCGUCCGGACCAAUCGGGCAUGAACGGCGAUGCUUCCGUAGCCGGGGUCGGCGACGGGGGAGGAGCAGCCGCUGCGGAUGCGUUGAGAGAGGACCCCCCCAAAGGCAUGGCCCCGCUCCCUCACCAAGGACGCGGGGUCGCUGUGGGUGGGUUGGACAACGCCGGGAACCACGGCAUCAGCAACGGCGCGGUCAACACGGGUAUGAUCAGCUGCAAGCUCGAAGACAACAGCGGCAACGUUGGGAACCACGGCAUCAGCUACGGAGGGUUCAACACGGGCGUUAUCAGCUGCAAGCUCGAGGACAACACCGGCGACGGCGGCGGCAACACCACCAACGCUGCGGCGGUGGCGAUGGGAGCGGCGGCAGCGGUUUCGAGGUCGGAGGUGGGGGCAGCGGCGGCGGUGGCGCCAAAGGAGGAGGAGUACGAGCGGAUCCCCGAGUUCCAGUCGUUGCAAGCUGACCGUUUGCCGGGCACCCCAGGCGGGCGGCUGGACAUGCCGUCGGAGAUCCCGGAGUUGGAGCCUGCUGAUGUUUGGCUAGGGGACCUCAUGCGGCAGGCCAUGACGCAGGAAAGCGAGAACGCCACCGCCCAGCAACAGCCGAAGCACGAGACGAAACCGGACACCUCUGGCGGGAUGAGUUACCCCUUAGGGGCGCAGCAGCAGUUUUUCCUGUCACACCUUUCUGGAGUGGGCAACGUUUCUUACUUCCUUCCAAAGCAUGUCGACGAGAGUCAUCAGCCAACGGCACGGAUGAACCCGACGGCGAGAGCGACAGCAAGCUGGCCCCCUUGCCACCCCGCACACCACAAGCAGCACACCCCGCAGCCGUCCGUGCCUCCCUCGAGCAACGUCGGCUGGGUCAAGGACGCCGGCUCCGCCGUCAUCGGGGAAUCACCCACGACGGCAUUGUACCCGUCAUCGACCACGAACGCGCGUUGCCCCUCCAUGUCGACAGCUUCGACGGGCGUGUCCCCCUUCCAAAGACCGGGAAUCACUUCGUACAAUGCCUUGCCGCAGGGAGACUGCCGCCUGGAUGCCGUCGGCGGUGGCGCGAGAACAGCGGGCGCCGGCGGCGUUUGCGGCGACCUCUCGAGCAGCAGCAACGGAGGGCCGCCGUUGGUUCGGGCUGGGGCUCGCGGGCCACACGACCACCCGGCGUCGGGGGGCGUGCUUCCGGGAGACAUGGCUGCGAUCAAGACGGAGUAUUGUCAUCACUCGUUUCCGCCACCGGGGACGUCGUCCCUAGGGAGCAGCACUCACUGGAGCGCGUUCUGAAACUGGCUCGUUGCUCUCGGGGCCGCUUUUCUUUUUUUGCUGCAGCAGGCUUGGUGGAGUCUUGCCUUGCGACGGCCGUGUUGCUGCUGCCCCAACCCGCCGCGUGGUCGGCUUGCUCGGUCGUGUCUCCUCUCUGCGUAUGGCGCGGGACGAGUGGGAGGGUGUGUGUGCCUUUUUCCCUUCCCUUCCCGGGUGCGUCUCAUACGUGCUCAGUACUACAAGCAGCGGCGGCAGUGGCAGCGGCGGCCGAAGUUGUUGUUGUUACGCGCUGGCGCUGGUUGUUUGGUUGUUUGAAGACAAAGAGUCCACGUGAAAGAGUCCGUUGCCCCCCCUGGCACCUGUCGGGUGGUGCAGGGUGGCCGGCCCCUCGCUGGUUUUUGACGAAGUAGCGGGAUGUACCUUGCUCCUUAACUAUUCCUGCACGUUUAGCCACCGCUGUUAUCGCGGUUUUGGGUUAGGGCUUACUUUAGGUUACGCGAGUCGGGCGAGGCAGUAUAUAUACCUUGGUAUGGGCUGUCAUAUCAGGUGUACGGGUAUGGGGUCAAGGAUGUGGUUAGAGUGUCGGUUGACUUGGGGUUCGGCGAAACAUUUGUAGUUGGCGCUAGUAGGAAGCGUUGGUCACGAAGCACGGAUUAUCAUUGUGGAAGCAGAAUUAGCGUAGAUUGUGCGAACAACAUUUUGUUUUUUCUGGAAACUACACUUUCUUUUUGGGGGGGGGAAUAACAGUACGUGUUUUUCUGUGGACUGCUGGUGUCGCGGAUGGUGUGUUUUGUUUAAGGCUCUCCGCGGGGCUUCUCUUUUUGUUUCCAAAUGUGCUUGGAGUCCAGCUUUUUUCCUUGCAUGUGUGGACAUAGGCUUUGCACGUCUUGCCGCGCAAGCGAUCGUGUGCUUUUAUUCAAUAAGGCGGGAUCAGUGGUGAUGGAGAGGUGGUUGAUGGAAGGGGGAUUGGUAAAUGUUCUGGAGGGGGGAGACACCUGCUGACCUGCAGCCCUCUUGGUCUUCAUAUUUUGUGCGCAGUUUCUGAUCCUAAACGCCCGCUUGGCUCACAGUACAUGCCAACGGCGGAAACGCCGUGGUGUUCUGCAGAAGGGCGAUCCACUGGCCGGUAAGGUGUUCGGUAAAGUUUUGUCGUUGGAAUGCACUGAGCGAGUUUUUUUUUUCGAAUCCACGUUCUUGGCGUGUUUUUCUGUGUAAUUUUCUUUUUUUCGGGGGGAGGGAGUUGUGUACCCUGCUGUCGGUACAUGGUUGGCCUGUGACCACGGCAGGGGUCCCCGCCAUUUGCACUGGUACCGAUGUUAGAAGGUACUGGGCAGAGAUCGGGACGGUUUGUAGAACAACAUCGACAACAAUGGGAGGAGGAGAAAAAAUGGAUGGGUGGACAUAAAAAACAUGAUAGGAUUGAGUUUACGGAGAAUAUUUUAAUUUUUGGGGGCGGAUUUUUGGCAUGACGUGUACACAAGGUUUAUGGAGGAGCGUUCAUUUGUCUUGUGUCACGUGAGACUGGCGUGUUCA